AUGAGGCGGACCACGGCGUUGCUGCUGCGCCACGGCGGCGGCGGGAUCCCGCAGCCGCUCGCCGACGUGCUCGUUUGCCCCCUGUCCAAGAAGCCUCUCAGGUACUGCGAGGCCAGCGGUUCUCUGAUCAGCGACGCCGUCGGCAUCUCCUUCCCGAUAGUAGAUGGAAUUCCUUUUCUCCUACCGAAAGAUGGGAAAUUGCUUGAGGACCACCAGGAGAAAUCAGGACAUGACACCAGCCCUAGGCAAUCCUCUAAUUGAAUCCAAGUUGUGGUAGCAGCCGACAAAAUUGUUCCGUAUUAGGAAAAAGAAACUGGGAUCAAAAUAAGAGGUUGUGCUCUAUUCAAACUGUUUCUUAUUGCAGUAAAGCAUUGCCAUAUUGAUGCGUA